AUGUCCACUACACUCUCUUCCACCGCAGUUACUCCUCUUUCACUCUAUUACGGAAAAGACCUUCCAGCUCAGAUGUCGGAAGUCCGCACCGAGUAUUUACGAGACCUGAAGACAAAAGUUUCAGGUCUCCUAGGCACAAUCGAACCUGAAUCCCAAGAGAGCAUUCAAAGGCUUAAAGAAGAUGACGAGAAUUUAUACGCGAACUCGAGAACCAAAACAGGCGUUUAUGUGUGCAGGAAACAUCAAGGGACUCAUGAGCAAAAGCUCUGCCGCUGUCUCAACUGCGGUCAAACAUUCCAGAUUUUCCAUACUUAUGAAAAGCAUCAUAGAGAAACGCACAAGGAUGAGGGGGAUAUGAACUUGGAGCUUGUGGACAAAUAG